AUGUGGCUGUGUACUCUCCUUCCUGUUCUCUUUGGCUGUCUCUCUGGGUUUGUCUUUUCUGCACCAAGAUCCUGGCAGUUGCCAACUCAAAGACCACGCUUUGAUCGUCCUGGAGAUGUAAUAGUGGGGGGCAGCUUCUCCAUCUUUCACUUUUCUAGUGGUACCUUGUCUGACUUCACUGCCCAACCAUCUGGACUACUGGCUUCAGGCGUUUCCAACUGGGGCUACCGGGUGGCCCAGAGUUUCGUCUUUGCCAUUGAGGAGAUUAAUAGGAGUGCACACUUGUUGCCCAAUGUGACCCUGGGCUUCUCUAUUCGAAACUCUGGGGACUCAGUGCAUGGAGCCCUCCAUGAGACAAUGAGCUUUCUCACGGGGCAGGAGGAGCCCAUCCCCAACUACACAUGCCAGCAUGGCUCUCCUCAGGCUGCCUUGGUUGGGGACACGAGGUCAUCCCUGUCUGUCUCCAUGGCCAGACUUCUGGGACUGUACAAGUUUCCCCAGGUCAGUUAUGGUUCCUCAUUACCCAUCCUCAGUGACAAGAUCCAGUUCCCAUCUUUCAUGCGGACACUGAGUAGUGACUUCACAUCCUGUCGUGCAGUGACCCAACUGAUAAUUCACUUUCAGUGGUCUUGGGUGAUCAUUCUGGCCCAUGAUGAUGACUUUGGGCAGCAGGCCAGCUCUCUGGCCACUCAGGAGCUGAGCACAGCUGGUGUGUGCAUUGAGUACACCCUCCAUGUUCCUUCUCAUGAGUCCUUGGGGAAGACUGAAGAGAUUGUCCAGAAGAUGCAAAAAUCCACUGCCAGUAUUGUUCUGCUUUUCCUAAGCAAUUCUAAUUUCGAGCUCAUCCUGUAUGGCUUACUGGAUGUGCCUGUCUCAGGCCAGGUCUGGGUCAGCAAGAACAUUCUUCACAUGGUGCUCACUGUGACCAUUCCAGGCAUUUCCCGAGUAUUACACAGCACCUUUGGACUUCUGCAUCACAGCAGCACUGCAAUUGGCUUCCCUGAGUUCCUUGCUCACCUGCGGCCCAGCCAGACCCCAGAAGACAUGUUUAUAAAGAAGUUCUGGGAGUUCACCUUUGAUUGUACAUGGCCCCACCAGAGCAGCACAGUGACAGAGGGUGUCCAGUUGUGCUCAGGGAAUGAGAGUCUGAAAAACAAGCAGUACGCUUUCCCAGAAGUGAGUAAAAUUGAUGUUGCUUAUACAUCUGUCUACAGUAUUGCUCAUGCCCUGCAAGACAUGAUAACCCAUGGGCACCAGCAUGGGAAAGUUACAGACUCUCAAGACUUCCAGCCCUGGCAGCUGCUUCAUGCCCUCAGGAAGGUGCACUUCAAGACUCCUGAUGGAAUCAAGAUUUUGUUUGAUGCCAAUGGAGAUUUGGUGACAAAAUUUGACAUUUUCCAAUGGCAGAAGACCCAUGAGGGUGUAUUUCAUUCAGUCCAUGUAGGCAUGAUAGACCCUCAGAUCUCUUUGGGGAGCAAAAUGAUGGUCCAUUUGAAGGAGGAUCUUCAAGUGCCCAGCUCUGUCUGCAGUGAAAGCUGCCUUCCAGGGUUCAGCCAAGUGCCCAGGCUGGGAGCCCCACACUGCUGCUUUGAUUGCAGUCCCUGCCCUGAGGGACAGUUUGCAGACCAAAGAGACAUGAAGAGCUGUCUUCUGUGCCCCAAGGAGCAGUACUCGAGCCACAUGAGAGACCAUUGCCUGCCCAGGACAGAGACCUUCCUGGCCUUUGAGGAACCUCUGGGAUUCAUGCUGGCUUUGGUGGCACUCCUCCUGGCUGGUCUGGCUGUCCUGGUUCUGGGAGUAUUCCUGAAGCACAGAGACAGCCCUGUGGUCAGGGCAAACAACAGAAGUCUCAGCUACUUACUCCUGCUCUCUCUUUGCCUCUGUGCCCUGUGUGCCUUGCUGUUCCUUGGGCGACCCAGUGUCUUGACAUGCCUCCUCCGUCAGACCACCUUUGCUGUGGUGUUCACGGUAGCUGUGUCCUCUGUUCUGGCCAAGACUCUCACAGUGGUCCUGGCUUUCAGGGUAACCAGGCCAGGGGACAGGAUCCGGGUAUGCCUGAGCCCUGGGGCUUCCACCUCAGUGGUCCUCAUUGCUUCCUUCAUGCAGGUUGUUCUUUGUGGGGUCUGGCUGGCCACCUCCCCACCAUUCCCAGACAGGGAUAUGGUCUCGGAGCCCCAGCACAUUGUCAUCCAGUGCCAGGAGGGUUCUGGCACCAUCUUCUUCUGUGUGCUGGGCUACUUGGGUUUCCUGGCAGUGGGUACCUUCUCUGUGGCCUUUCUGGCCAGGGGCCUGCCAGAUGUCUUCAAUGAGACUAAGUUUCUGACCUUCAGCAUGCUGCUCUUCUGCAGUGUCUGGACAGCCUUCCUGCCCCUGUACCACAGUGCUCGGGGCAAGUCCACUGUGGCUGUAGAGGUCUUCUCCAUCCUGGCCUCGACUGCUGGCCUUCUGGGUGGCAUCUUCAUCCCCAAGUGCUACAUCAUCUUGCUGAAACCAGAGAGGAACACUGCUGCCUGGUUAAGGCAAGGCCACCAGCCACAGCUGGAUAGGCAGAGUGAGAUGCUCCAGAGAAGGUGUGUGUGGAGUGGAGAGGCCAUGAGAGGCAGGCUGCUGUCAGAGAGCUGCAAGGGAGUCCAGCAGGGGCUUGGGGACUAUGAGAGUGCCUAGGGCAGCUCCUCAGAGAGAGGACAGGAGGACAGUAGUGUUGUGUGGCCGUAGUGCCACUGCUUUACCUUCUUGCCCAGGCUCUUCAUCAGAAGCAGCCACUUGUCUUUUUUUUUUUUUCUUUUAAGAAGUAUAAUAACUAUUGAGACAUCUACAUACUAGAAAGUUGAUCUACAUACUUAAAAAGUUGUAUAGUUCAUUGAUUUUUAAUAUAGUCACAGAAUGGUGCUUCCAACCUCUAAUUCUGGAGCAUGUUUAUCACCCCAGGAAGAAAUCUUUUAUCUAUUAGUAGUCACUCUCUUUCUUCCUACUUCCAGUCCAGGCAACCACUAAUCAGUUUUCCAACUCUGGACUUGCAUCUUCUGGGUAUUUAAUUUAAAUGGAAUCAUAACAUAUGACAUUUUGAAUCUGUUUCUUUCACUUGGCAUAUUUUAAGAGUUAUUAACUUAAAAAGCCUUUAAAAAAAUUACAUUUAUUUAUUUUUGUAUGUGUGUGGGUAUACCCAUGGAGGUGUGCUUGAGGGUCUGAGGACAACUUUGAAGAGUUGAUUGUCUCUUUCCAUCACAUGGGUCCCAAAGAUUGAAUUUAGGUUGUCAGGUUGGGUACCAAGUAAGUGCCUUUACUCAUGGAGCCAUCUUACCAACAUCUCCCCCUCUUAAAAGAUUUAUUUAUUAAUAAAAAAAGUUUUUUAUUUAUGUGUAUGGUUGUAUGUCUGUA